AUGAGUGACAAUGAAAUGUCUACAGAGGUUGUUGAAGAGCCAGAAGUUUUAACAGUGAAAAAUCAGGAAUCGGAAAUUCUAAAUAAUAAAAUUGAUAAAAAGGAAUUAUUAAAGACAAAAGGACAAAAUAAAGAUGAUUUAGGGUACAGUGUAGGAGAUUUGGUUUUAGCAAAGAUUUCUGGAUACCCCUGGUGGCCUGGGAUGAUUUUCCCGGAGGAUGUUGUGCCUAAGGAUGUUAAGGAUGCUCGACCGGUUUCUAAGAAACGCAAAAAUGGUACUGAGGUCAAAUACUGGCUUGUAAGAUUUUUUCCAGCGCCUGAAUAUAUAUGGGCAACCAAGAGUGAUAUUAGGCCUCUAACGUCAGAAAUGAUUGAUGAUUUCCUUUCGAAAAAAACAACGAAAAGAGAUAUACGAGAAAGUUAUGAAAUUGCAAAAACAAAUCCUACUGUUGAAGACUUACUUGCUCAACAAUCAUUUAAAACAAAUGAUAAAGCAUUGGAGGAAGAUGAAGAGGAAGAUGAAGAUGAAGUAGAAGAUGAUGAGGAAGAGGUUAAUGACGAUGAUUCUAAUGAUUUAAAAAACGGAGAUAUUGAUGAUAUUAAAAAAAAGGAUAUGUUAAAAAGAAAAUCAGAUUCUAGGAAAGGUGAAAAUAAAAAAAAGAAACUUGAAGGUAGUUUACAUAAAAUAAAGCCAAACGAUCAGGAAAAAACACUCUCUUCUAAAUCUCGAAAAGCGUUGAAUAGAAUCUCAGAUGGGAAUUCUAAUUCAGGGGAAUAUCCUAUUUAUUCUGAACAGUCAUCACAAGUAAAAUGGGAGCAGAAAAAACAACAAGUUUUAUUCUUGAGACAUAAAUUACAAAGAAUAAUGCUUGCUACGGGGAAGGUGCCUUCUGAAGCUGAUAUGCCUAUAGUAAGUGAGCAAUUAGAAAAAUUAGAAACAUUUAAAGGAAUUGAUAUUGCAAUUUUACGAACUACAAAAAUAGGGAAAGUUUUAAAAAGAAUUAUUCAACUUCCUGAUAUACCUGCUAAUGAAAAAUAUUCUAUUAAAGAAAGAAGUGAGAAAUUGCUUAUUUUUUGGAAGGAUCUACUAGAAAAACCUAACGAUGAUACUGAAAAUGGUCAGGAAAAAAAAAGUAAAUCAUCUUCCAAAAAAGAUCUACCUGAAUUAUAUAUAAUAAAUGGUAAUGCUUGA